UCUCUCUCUCUCUUUCUCUCUCUCUCUAAAAUUCUCAUUUGUCCACACUCACAGCAAUUCACACUUCACGAAGAAGAUCAUCACAGUGAAAAAUGUACUUCAACGAGCCAGACCACCACCAAUCGAUCGAAUUCGAACCAUACACCACUCCACACUCAUCAUCACCACACCAAUCCUCAACCUGCUCACAAGGCCACCGAUCCUCUCUCAAUCUCCAAACCCUAGAAGGCGGUUCUAUCUGCUUGCUUUGCCUCUCCAAUCUCAUCUCCAACCCUCGAUCUCCGACAAUCCAUGUCUCCUACGCUCUCUCUCAGCUCUCUCAUGCCAUCUCUCAGCCUCCUUUCCUCCGAGACCUCCUCAGCUUUCACCCUCACUUCCUCGUCUCUCCCCUCGUCGAAGCCCUAUCGUGCUUCGAUGAUGAGCCCAUCGCUCGCCAAGUGAUCGAUCUCGUGUCGGAGAUGUGUAAUUCGGGCGGUGAUUUGGUGUGCGGUGAGUUCGUGGCUAGGAUCGCCAGUCGGCUCUCGUCUGGUGCGUUGGCGUGGAGUCGUCGCCAGGUGUACGCGCUUCACUGCUUAGGCAUUCUUUUGGGUUAUCAGAAAAAUAACCCGUAUUCCCACAUGAGUGACAAAGAUGCCCUUAUUUCCAACCUUAUCACUGGUCUUCAGUUACCAAGUGAAGAAAUUCGAGGAGAGGUCCUCUUUGUUCUGUACAAAUUAUCCAUCCUCCAAUAUACAUACAAGGAUGAUGAUGCCACUGAUGUUUUCUAUUCCUGUUGUCCCAAGCUCUUGCACUUGUCACUAGAAGCCCUCAUGAAGACUCAGAGCGAUGAUGUUCGCUUGAAUUGUGUAGCGCUUCUGACGGUUUUGGCUCAGAGAGGGUUCUUUGAGAAUGCAUGUGCAAGUGAUACAAGCUGCAAGAAUUCUUGUGAAGCUGACAACUUCAUGCAAAAAACAGAACAUGUAAUAGAUGGGCCACCUCUGAAUGUCUUGUUUGCUGAGGCCGUCAAAGCCCCAUUGCUUUCUUCAGAUAGUGAAGUGCAAGUUAGCACAUUGGACUUAAUCUUUCUUUAUCUGUCAUGGGAAGGUGGUUCAGGCAACGAAAUCCGAAUAUUGAUUGAAGAAAACAUUGCAGAUUAUGUGUUUGAAAUACUAAGAUUGUCAGGUUGCAAAGAUCCUGUGCUCACCUCUUGCCUUCAGGUUCUUGACCUUUUAUCAACAGAUGAACAGGCUUUCAUACAAAGGCUUGCUAUUGGAUUCUCAACUCUGGUUCCUGCUCUGUGUUAUGUAGCUGAAGUUCCUUUUCAUCCUGUCCAAGCUCAGACACUAAAUCUCAUUUGGAACUGUAUUUCAAAUUGCCCUGGAAUAGUAUCCACUUCUUACAUUGAAGAUCUGGGCCUUAUCUUGACAGGGAUGCUUAAAAGAUAUACUGAUGGGGAGACUGGUAUGGUCACAGAGACAUUCUCUAUGGCCUGCUCAAUCCUUGUAGCUAUUAUGAAAUCUCCGUCUUCUCAUGAGUCUUCAAAUUUCUCAACAUCAGUUCAAGAUGCAUCAAGACAUGCCAUUCUCACUUGUUUAACCCACCAUGGAAAAUAUCCCAGCCAACUGUUGCACUCCCUCUAUCUGCUGAAAGAGGCAUAUGCAUACAGUUAUGAAGGAAACUCCACAAACUCCUUUGAUAUGGAGCUAAGAAACUGUGUUAUAAACAUAUGUAAAGCAAAUUUAUUGCCUUGGUUUGUAACAGCUAUCAAUGAAAUGGAGGAGGACAGUGUUCUUGGUGUACUGGAAACUUUUCAUUCGAUACUGCUUCAGGAUUCUGAUAUCCAGCCCACAGAAUUUGCAAAUAUUCUGGUCUCUUCCUCUUGGUUUAGUUUUACAUUUGGAUGUUUAGGUUUAUUUCCAACAGAAAAGAUGAAAUGGAGAGUUUAUCAGACAUUCAGUUCAAUCAUGGAUGUUCUUCAUGGAAAUGACUUUGGGCAACCCAUUAGAGAUGUUGCUUUACAUCUGCCGUCUGAUCCUAUCGAUUUGCUGUUCCUGCUAGGGCAAAAGAGUUCCAAUAAUUUAGAAUUGUUUUCUUGUCAAACCGCAGUUUUGUUGAUACUAUAUACUAGCUCAUUGUAUGAUGAUAGGCUUGCAGAUGAGAAGCUGGUUUUAGCUUCUCUAGAGCAAUAUAUUCUAGUUAACAGCAGUGAAUUCCGAUAUGGGGCUUCUGAUUCAGUGCCAAUGGAGCUUUUGGUAAAUCUUUAUGGCCUGUAUAGGGGUCUUGCCAAGAAGAGUUACCAAAUUUCCUACAGUCCAGAGGCUGAAAGAAUUCUUUUCCAUCUAGUGACUGAAAAAGAAUGGGAUUUUCCUUCUUCAAGAAUUCACUCGACAUCGCUGAAAUGGUUGUUUCAACAAGAGAAAAUCUGCAAGCCAUUGUGUAACCAGAUCCUGAAGCUGUGCAGAUGCAAUAGCUCACAAGGAAACCACAUCAUCAUGCAUGGAAACAGUAGUCAAAACAUAGGUGUACAUAGAAUAGGGGAGUUAGCUGCAUCAGGAGAUAACUUUGCAGCUACACUUCUGGUGUAUGUUUUGAAAGAUCUCAUAGAAGAACACCAAGAUCAUGACAUUGUUUCAGUAGUUAGUAUUUUGGCAGAAAUCAUCAACAUUUUUCCAGCUGCUUCAGACCAAUUAUGUUUGCAUGGGAUAGGCAGUGUGAUCCAGAAUCUUUAUUAUUAUUCAAGGCAUUCUUCUUCACCGAUGUUCAUGGUCAUCUGUCAACUUACUUUUAGCAUUCUAUAUUCAGUGCAUUCUGAAUCGCUUUCUGAUGAUGAUGAAGUUUGGCUUGCAAUCACAAUGAAGUUGAUGGACUACCUGGUCCCCUCAGUUGCUGCCGAUAGGUGGACUGAAGAAUGCCUGAUAAUAAUUGGCAUUUUUUCCUUAAUUUUGAACCAUUCCACUAAACAAGCACUGGUUGAAACUUCAAAAACUAUACUUUUGAGUACUCCCUUGGUCUCCAUAAUUAACAACACAAUCCAUGUAGCCUGUUCAAAGGGACCUGCUUUAAUUGAUCACGACGAAGGAACAGAAACAGGAGAAACCCUGUUAUUUGUGCUUUUACUACACUUCUUUUCAUUGCGAAGUGUGCAUGCUGUUCUACGAGGGAGUGUGGAAUGGCAAAAUUUUCUUGAUCAAGAAAAUGGGAUGCAGCCACUAUCCUUCAUAUGCAUUCACUGCCAUGAUUUGUGCAGGCUGGUGCAUUUUGGUUCUGCUCCUGUCAAGCUGGUUGCUUCGUAUUGCCUGUUGGAGCUGUUUACCAGAAUAUCAGACCAGAAAAAUGAAAAAUCAGAAAAGUUAAACUUCACCGCCAGAUAUCUAUUGUCUGUAAUGGCUGUAUUAGAAGGCCUAGUUUUCUGCAAUGAUAUUAGAGUGGCCAUGAAUUGUAGCCUCUGUUUAUCAAUGAUUCUGGGUUGGGAAAAGCUGGAUACGGAAUUACGAGCCAAGCGAAGAAACAACUGGUGCAGGCUGAUUGUAGAAGAGCUAGCAAUGUCUUUGGCAGUCCCAUGUUUGGCAUCUGAAUCAUUUAUGAUUCAGCACAAGCCUGCUGUUCAUGUGGCAGUCGCAUUGUUGAAACUGCAUAAGGUUCCUGAGUGGAUGAGUUAUGUUUUUGAUGAUUCUUGUAUAUUUGGUAUAGUUAACAACCUUUCAGCAAACAAUGUGAGUGCUGAGAUGGUGCUUUUAUUUCGAGAGCUAAUGAAUGCCGGUUACCUGAAAACUGAGCAAAUUGCUAGUCUAAAUCGGGUAUUCCAGGUAUGCAGGAAACGUCUAUAUGCCAACGAUACUCAAGAUACCGAAGGAGAGGAGCAUAUGGAGAAGGUUGGAGCCAUCCGAUAUGAUGAUACAGGAAAAGUGUGUCAGUCUCUUAUUAAGAUCAUGUCAUCCGAAACAUCUCUAGGUAUAUUCCCACUUAAAAGUAAUAGAUUGUUAGAAGAAAUAGAACUGUUUUCAAAAAGCUUGAUGGAAGAAGAUGACAUCUAAGGGGAGUUUUUAGAUAACUGAAUUUUACAUUGCUCACUCAGUGAGAAAAUGAUCUGUCAUUCUUCUAGUCAAUGGCACUUGAAACCUUAAAGGCACUGUUUUCAAAGUUGAAUAAAAUUGUAGAGAUUGAAAUACGUAGACACAGUAAAGAUUUUAAGUGAAUAAUUUAUUAAAAAUAGAUGUCAUCUUGAAUAUGUUCAACGUAUUAAUUAAUGUUGUUGACAUA